AUGGAGCUGAGAGAGAAGGAUUCUAGGAGAAAAUGUGUGAUUUCCAUGCAUUCCAACACCACCACCACUAUACAGAACCCCAAGAAUCCAGAGCAUGUGAAGACAUAUUUUGACUGGGCAUAUUGGUCUCACAGUGGAUUUCAAAAGGAUAAAGAUGGUGUGCUUAUUUCAGCUAAUCCUAGCAGAAAAUUUGCAGGCCAGAGAGAUGUUUUCCACGAUCUUGGCAGGGGAAUUCUGGACAGUGCCCAGCAAGGCUGUAAUGCUACUCUCCUGGCCUAUGGCCAGACUGGAUCAGGAAAAAGCUGUUCCAUGAUUGGGUUUGGUGCAAACAAGGGCAUCAUUCCAAAUGUGUGUGAAGAGCUCUUUCAAGCAAUUGAAAACCGGAAGAGAAAUCAAGAAUAGCAGGUUACAUUCAGUAUGCUGGAAAUUUACAGUGAACAGGUUUUCCUAGACAGAAACCUUACCAAACAAUCCAGUAUUAAUUUGGUGGAUUUAGCAGGAAGUGAAAGGCAGAAAUCUUCAGGAUCUGAAGGGGACAGACUGAAGGAAGGAUCACGAGUUAACUUACGUUUAACCAGUUUAGGAAAUGUUAUCAGUGCUCUGGCUGAUGCAGCUAUGGGAAAGAAAGUCUUGCACAUCCCCUACAGAGAUUCUCUUCUGACAAAACUACUCCAGUCAGCUCUGGGUGGCAAUAGCAGAACUGCUUUGAUAGCAGCCAUAAGUCCAGCUGACAUCUGCUAUGAGGAAAUGCUGUCAACAUUAAGAUAUGCUGAAAGGGCAAAAAAGAUCCAGAACAAAGCAGUGAUGAAUACCUAGACACUGAUGAGCGAGUCGAGGACAGAGAACAAACUGCUGCUUGCAUGUGGAAAUUCUGGAAUGACAGAGCAGACAGUGUGUUUCUUGGCAGAAAACCUGUUUGGGACUCGUACGGGUCAGAUGACCUGGGCACACCAGCUGGAGCAAGUGCGCCAAGAAUGGGAGCAGCGGUGCAUGGCCCUUACCCAGGAGCGACAGAUGAUGAAAACAUCCCCUUACCUUCUCAACGUCAACAAGGACCCACAGCUCACUGGAGUUCUCAAGUACUUCAUUCAAGCUGGUUCAUAUGAUGCUGGUCGCUGUGCUUCGAAUGCUAUCACUCUUCAAGGUUUGGGAAUUUCAGAUAAACAUGCUUCCUUCACAAAUGUGGAUGGUAAAGUGACAGUAACUCCACACAACAAUUGCAAGGUUGUUGUAAAUGGGGUGCUGACCACGGCAAAGACAAAGCUGCAGCACUUGGAUCGCGUUAUUUUGGGAUCCAACAGUGCCUACCUCUACAUCGGGUUUCCCUCAGAGCGAGGCUGUGAGGAUGUGAGCAGAUUCGAUUACGACUUCUUCCAGCUGGAGCAAGCAGCCGUGGAGGGGGUGAGCGUGGACAAGCUCUGUGCUGUGAACAACGGAGAUGGGAAAGCAGGCCCCAGUGUCCUGGUUGUGUUCCAGGAUUAUAUCAAACUGAUGCCACUGGUAGCAGAAGCAAAUCAAAUCAGUAAAGAGCUAAAGAAGGGACUUAAAAUGGAAUUGAAAGUGAAGAAUUUAGCAUCAUCAGAUUCCAGGGGCUACGACCUACAAAAGGAGGUCAUGGUGAAGGUGACCCACAAGAGGACUCAUGAGGUGUGGAUUUGGUCAAAAGCCAAGUUUAUCAAUAGGAAAUUCCUAAUGGAGGAACUUUACCAGCACUUCCUAGAUGGAGAAGACAGCCAUGUGACUCAAGAAGAUGACCCUUUCUGGGACCCUGUGGAGGUUGUGCACUUGGGCUUAGCUCAUAUCUGGCUCCAGUUACUUGCCUACUGUAUGAAGUUUGAGGAGCAAGUGGAGUUUUUGAACUGCGAGGGGCUGGAGGAGGCACUUUUGCACAUCCACAUAACCCCCUGCUCCACAACAGGACAAGCACAUGGUGAGGAAGCUGUGGUUAUUGACCCAUUGGAGUUGCUGGGCAAGAAGAUCAAUUUCCAGAUUCACAUUGUUCGGUGCCUUGGCAUCAAGUGGCUAAAGGAAGAUGCAAAGCGGGGCAUUCAGAUUGGUUACAGAAUUUAUGAUCUUCCAAACACUUUAUAUACCAAGGCUAUAUGGAAAAUCAUGAAUCCCCAAAUUGAAGAGACUGUCCAAUUUGCAGCCUUAAAUGUAUCUCAGGAGUUUCUGAAUUAUUUACAGACAAAUGCUCUAAUUGUUGAUUUACCUCUUCAAGAAGGCUGUGCCGAACUGAGCUGCUCUCAGCUGGGCCUCAUGGUCACAGGUGAAGGCCACAUCAUGGUGGACACCAAGAAAACUUCCACUGGGAUGGAAACAGUCCAGACUACAACAGACCAGAUAUCAGAACUUUAUCUGAAGCUGCUCAAGUUAAAACAGGAGACAGAAUUGCUCAGAAACAUUAACAGAACCCUAAGAGAGGAAAAUGUGUUUCUCAGAGAAUCACUUGAGAAAACUGGUUCUGGUCGGCAAGCCCAUAAGUCUUCCAAUACCUUGAAAAUAACUGGGAUGACAGCACAACUGCCAUCAGCCAGUCAGCUGUGCCCACAGCGAGUCAGCUACCAUGGAGAAUUUGCCAAGGCUCUUAAGGUGUUCUACCAAAGCAUGAACAUGGCAAGAGGACAGUUUCUCAGGUUGAGACAUUGUAAACCUCCCGAAGACAAUCAAGGGCUUCGACCAUUUGUACACCAAUGGUCACAAAUGUUAAAGGAUUUUGGGGACCUACUUGAAUCGAGCUUGUGAAAAUUGAAAAAUGAUGUUCCUCUUAUAGUGAAAAAGAAGAGAGAAUGUUUAUUGCAUAUGAAAUAG